AUGAUAGGUCCAGUGGCUUACAGGAUUGACUUGCCGGAGGAGCUUUCUCGAGUCCAUGAUGUUUUUCACAUUUCCAUGCUCUGCAAGUAUAUCUCAGACCCAUCACAUGUGUUGGAGACACCGGAGAUUGAAUUGAGGGAUGACUUGUCUUAUGAGGAGCAGCCAGUGCAGAUUUUAGGAAGGGAAGAGAAAAGGCUUCGCAACAAGACUCUAGCUUUGGUGAAGGUUCUUUGGAGAAACCACCUUGUUGAGGAGGCGACUUGGGAGCGAGAUGAUCAAAUGCGGAGUCAGUAUCCUUACCUCUUCCAAAACUAA